GAUUUAAGCUACUUUAGCCAGCAAUCAUUAUGUGUUCGAAAAUGAGCGUGUUCAAUGUUUUGGUGCUAGAGUUACUACUACUAGUAGUUGUUGCUCAUGCAGCAAGACCGCCGAAAGCCUUGAAUAAAACAUGUCUUGAAGAUGGCAAUGUAGCCUAUUCAGGAUCUUCUCCAAGUGGUGUACUGCGAGUUGAUGCGUAUCAAGAUAGCUGCCCUGAUGCUGAAUCAAUAAUAUUUUCGUGGGUCGAAAAAGCUGUGCUUAAUGAUCCUAGAAUGGCUGCUUCUUUGCUUCGCCUCCAUUUUCAUGACUGUUUUGUUAAUGGAUGUGAUGGUUCGGUAUUGUUAGAUGACACUGGUAACUUUGUUGGAGAGAAAACCGCUGCACCGAACUUAAAUUCUCUAAGAGGCUUUGAAGUGAUUGAUUCCAUUAAAUUGGAAUUGGAGUCUAAUUGCCCUGAAGUUGUUUCUUGUGCAGAUAUUUUAGCUGUUGCGGCUAGAGAUUCCGUUCUUAUGUCUAAUGGGCCUGGGUGGGAGGUCCAGACAGGAAGGAGGGACAGUUUAAGUGCUAGUAAAUCAGCAGCAAAUACCAACAUUCCAGGCCCAAAUUCAACAGCCCAAACCUUGGUAAAAAUGUUUCAAAAUGUGGGCUUAAGUCUCUCUGACAUGGUAGCUCUCUCAGGUGCUCAUACUCUUGGUAAAGCUCGGUGUUCAUCCUUCAAUUCUCGGCUUCAAACCAGCAGAGGGGACAUCAAUGUUGAUUUCUUGCAAUCAUUGCAGCAGCUUUGCUUACAAUCUAACAGCAACAGCAAUAUUCUAGCUGACUUAGACCUAGUAACUCCAGCUACAUUUGACAAUCAAUACUAUGUUAACCUUUUAUCCGGAGAAGGAUUACUGCCCUCUGAUCAAGUCCUUGUAGGCGGCGAUAUUGAUCAAACAGGUGAGAUUGUCCGAUCAUAUGCCGAGGAUGAAGGUGCAUUCUUUGAGGACUUCAUUGCUGCAAUGCUCAAGAUGGGAAGCAUAGGAGUUCUUACUGAGAGUGGUGAAAUUCGUCGUAAUUGCCGUGUUAUUAACUGAUGAUGCAUAAACAAGUAGUUGGUGGAGUAUUUUAAUUUAUACUAUUGUGUGAACUGCGAAGUGUUGCUGUUUGGAAUUUUCUAAUUUAUGUGUUAAAUGUAAUCGUGUACUAUGUAUGGCUAAGAAGUUGGUGAACUCUGAUUUGAAAAUCAUCUGAAAUAGAAAUCCAUAAAAACUAUCCUAAA